AUGUCACAAUGCCCCUUCGGAUGGGCAAAGGAGACCCAGCAGAAAGAGAAGAAGCAGAGCAUCUAUCCAGCUGUGGCGGCCCUGCAGCUGUUCAAUCUCUUCUGCUGUGGAGGGAAAGUCAAGCUGAAGAAAACUCGUCCCUCUCAGCACAGACAGAGUAAAAACGACCAGGACGAAGAUAAUGCAUCUGAUACUGGCUCAGACUGGUCUGGAGGAGAUGUUACAACCAAAAAGGUCAAGGACAAGAGUAAUGGAAAGGCAAAUCAAAGGACACCCCGGCAAGUGAAGACCCAUGUGGAGAAAAUUUACAUAAGUCCUGACUCUCCGACUCUACCACGUGCCCACAGCUCCCUCUCCCAGUUCUCCCUGGCUAGGAACCUGGCCAUCCUCCCACUGGAGUGGCAGCUACCUGGAGUCCCUCUGACCACCUCGUCUAUGGCAACUAGGACAGAGAGAAAGCCAUCCACUACCAACACUUCGACACAGGCGCAGACAGAAACACAGACAACAGAUAUGAACACAGACACACAGACCACUGCCAACUCUCAGAGACAGAUCUCCAUGGUGACCACCCAGUCAUCAGAGACCAUGACAGAGGUUCAUACAUCAGACUCAAGCACCCAGAACUCCACUCCUGACAUGGCACUGACCCCUGAGAGCACUAACGACAUGAUCGCUACUUAUGAGGAUGUGAAGGAUGACUCUGCUGAAGAUUUGAUCUCCACCCUAACAGACACCUCUAUGGAGAAAUCCGUCAGUGAGACCAGCCUGAAAGCCCUCAUCGCUGAGGAUGAGGAAGAUAACAAUGAGAUGAAGGAUAUGGCUGCCUCCGCUAUCCCUGCUACUGAUAAUGCCAAUGAGGAUUCCAUCGCCGGAAUGCGUGGCCUCUCCUGCAUCUACAUUGAUCGAAGGUCCUGCAGCAUCACUGUCAUUGAAGUACUCUGA